AUGCGUAUGAAGCGCGCCAACGAUGGAGGGAAAAAGAGCCAGGCCGGCAACGCUGGACGGAACACCGGUAUCGUGUUCGGUGACAUCGCGUCCCUUGCCGAGAGGAUGUCUUUCUCAACUGCAGGACCCUUUUUCCCCGCACAGCAGUCGAUCCAUCGUUGCUCUCAUCAUGAGGGCGGGGAGACUGUUGCAAGACUCAAUGGCUCGGCAAGCACGUUCCGAAGUGCCAAGAGGAGGAGAGCAGGCGAAGCGAGCGAGUGCCACGAGUCAUGCGCUGUCUGUCGAAAGCGCGCGGGGGGAGGAAGUGACAUCUCGAGAUAUGUCACUGCAGGGGAUCGAGCUUGA